CGCCCCCUGCCGGCAGCACCGCCAUGCCGCCGAGCACCGCCCCUUCACCGCUCCCGGGGGAGGUCAGGGCGGGGGUAGCGGAAGCUUCGUCCUCCGGAGCCGCGUCCCGGAACCAGCCGCGUCGCGUCGAGUCGCGUCCCGUCCCGUCCCCGCUGCCUGUGGCCCCCGCCGGCAGGAUGACAGCGCCUGCCGCCGCGCCCCGCAGGUGAUACCCGCGGGCCCUUCCGCCUCGGCCGCCUCCUAUAUGGGCCACCUGCUCUCGAAGGAGGCCAGCAGCCUGAGCCGGGACCGGGACCGCCACUGCUGCCGCGGGGGGAAGGUGCCGCCGCGCAGGCGGAGCUGCUUCCUGCGCGGGCCCUGCAUGCUCUGCUUCAUCGUGCACAGCGCAAGCCCGCCCGCCUCGGAGCAGCCUUUGCCCGCCGCAGACCCCCUGCUGCCACCGCCGCCCUACGUGGUCCUCGCCACCGCGGAGCAGCGCACCGCCUGCCGCCUCCUCCGCCUGCCGCCCGCCGCCUGGGAGCCGCGAGGCCGCUGCCAGCGCCUCCUCCUCUCGGGCCUGCUGCCCUCGCCGGUGCGGGGCCUUCUGGGGCCGGCCAGGCCGCCCGGCGAGGCCGCUUCUGAGAUGGUGUGCAAGCGCAAGGGGGCCGGCCUGCCCGCCUGCCCGCCCUGCAAGCAGCCGCGCUGCGCGGCCGCCGCCGCGGCGGAGCCCGAGGCCGCCGCCUGCCAAUGCCCGGCAGAGGCGCCGCUCUGCGCCCUGCCCGCCGCCGCCGGGUGCGCGGCGGGCGGUGGGGCCGCGCCGGCCCGGGCCAGCGCCGGGGACAGCGGCGGAGCGGGGCAGCCCACCUUGCCGCCCCCCGCGCCUGAGGAGGUGGCAGCAGCGGAGAAGGAGAGGGGCGGCGAGGCGGGCUGCGAGGAGCCGCUGGAGCGCCCCGCUGACUGCUGCCGGGAGGCGCCGCCGGACAUCAACCAGCUGCCGCCUUCCAUCCUCCUCAAGAUAUUUUCCAAUUUAUCCCUGAAUGAGCGUUGCCUUUCAGCAUCACUAGUCUGUAAAUAUUGGCGUGACCUCUGUUUAGAUUUUCAGUUUUGGAAACAACUGGAUCUUAGUAGUCGUCAACAGGUCACUGAUGAGCUGUUGGAAAAGAUAGCAUCAAGAAGCCAGAAUAUUACUGAAAUCAAUAUUUCUGAUUGUCGCAAUAUAUCUGAUACAGGAGUAUGCAUAUUAGCAAUUAAAUGUCCUGGACUCCUAAGGUAUACUGCCUACAGGUGUAAACAGCUUUCUGACACCUCUAUUAUUGCAGUUGCCUCUCAGUGUCCUCUUCUUCAGAAAGUGCAUGUAGGCAAUCAAGACAGACUCACUGAUGAAGGCCUGAAGCAGCUGGGUUCAAAAUGCAGAGAAUUGAAAGACAUUCAUUUUGGGCAGUGUUACAAGAUCUCAGAUGAAGGAAUGAUCAUUAUAGCUAAAGGCUGUCUGAAAUUGCAAAGAAUAUACAUGCAAGAAAACAAAUUAGUGACAGAUCAGUCAGUGAAAGCUUUUGCUGAACAUUGUCCAGAGCUGCAGUAUGUUGGUUUCAUGGGCUGCUCUGUAACAUCGAAAGGAGUCAUUCACCUCACCAACUUAAGAAAUCUUUCCAGCUUGGAUCUGCGUCAUAUCACAGAACUGGACAAUGAAACCGUGAUGGAAAUAGUAAAGAGAUGCAAAAACCUUAAUUCCCUCAAUCUGUGUCUGAACUGGAUCAUUAAUGACAGGGCCUAUGCUCCAGCCCCAGACCAUUGUUGAGGGAUACUGCUGGCCACCUUUACUGCGAGAGGACACUCCUGGCUCAUGUUCAUUUUGCUGUCUUCCAAGCUCCUAAAUCGUUUUCUGCAGAGCUACUUUCCAUCCAAUCAGUCCACAGUCUGUACCAUUGCAAAGGGUCCUUCCCCAUGGGGACAAAUGCAGAUCACAGAAUUAUAGAAUGGUUUGGAAGGGACCUUAGAGAUAUCUAGUUCCAACCCCCAAAGAUGAAGAUAGCUAAUAAAUUUCAAAUUGAUUUACUGCAUUGUUAUAAACUCUGGUAAUGUUUGAAUAUUCUGAGAAGUAGGAGCUGUUCUGUAGGAUCUUUGUGUGACAUAAAUACUUUAGGAUUACUCACCAUUUAGGUAGCUGCACAAAUUUAUCAUGGCUAACCUCUCUAUCCUAUGAUGAGCUUGUUAAAUGUUCUCUAGAUAGCAGCAGAUAGUCUAGAAAGUUGUAAUAUUGUCUUUUGGGAGGAAAAAAAUGCCAUUAAAAAAUGGAUUAACUUUAGUAUUGUGUCAAAGAGCUUGAGUGGGUGAAUAUCAGAUUGUCUAGAUGUAUAGAAUGGCAAAUUUAAUUUAAUUUUAAUUUUAUUUUUUUUUAGUUUGAAUUUUAGUAUUAAUUUUACUAUUCUGGAAAAAUACUCAGGGUUUUUUUUUCUAUAGCUGCUGCACAUUCUUAGCAUUUGUGCGAGUACUUUAUAAAUAAAAAUACUGUACAAAACUCUUCUUUGUUUUUUAUUGGUAAAUCCAGAUUAGUUUCUACCCAUUUCUAGCUUUUUUAAAUGUAACAUUAAAGAAAACCUGGAAAAGUUGCAGAGAUCUAUUCUAGCAUGGUUUAGAAUAGAUUCCUGCAACUUCCCUAAGGCUGUUGUAUGCCAAAUUAUCUUAUUUCUCUUCAUAUGCUAUCUUUCUUUCUUUCAUGUAACUGAAAGCAUGGCUAUAGUGGGUAUGACAUAACCUACAGUAACCUUUAAAGAAACUCUCAUAUAAUAUAUGUUUUAGGCACUGAUUAGCCUCAUAAAUUCUAGUUCACAGUACAUCUGUGUAAUUAUUGUUAAAGCCUUAGGAUAUUAGCAGGACAUUAAAUAGGCCAUGUUUUUUUCUUUACCUAUUGUCUGAUGCUUCAGAAAAAAUUUGGUAUUUAGAUAUAAUUAACAUAAAGAGCUUUUAAGAGAUUACAAAUUGAGUCAGGCAUAAUGGCAUAAAGGCACUUCAUGUUUUAUUAAAGAGCCUUCUUGUAUGGUUUGUAUUGUCCCAUGGCUGCAGCAACUUAAAUGUGAGAUUCUUCUUUUUUACUGGGUAUAAUCAUGAUUCUUCUUCCUGUCUUACAGAAGCCAUGUCUUAUGUAAUCUUUUCCAUCAGAGCCUUGUGUUUAACUUGUUCAGAUUUAAGUUUUUUGCAUGAGAAAAGAAAGUAGUUCAGGAAAGAACUCAAGUAACAAGUAACUUGGAGAGCAUACUUGAAGAGAAGAUACACAACAUCAAACUACAAGGUGUAAGUGCUUACAGUAGGGUUUAUGGAUGUAUAUCUUUUCCUAAAUAAACAAAAAAAGUACAUUCUUAUUGGAAUACUUAGAAGGCGUUGGCAAAACACUGAGGCUAAUGAGAAACUAAAUGAAAUUGAAAAUAUUUCUUGAAGAAAUAGUGAGAAGCUUCUUCAAUUUUUAGCUCAAGGUGACUCUUAAUUCCAGGGUUGUGGGUUCAAGCCUCACGUUGGGCACACCAUGUUAACUUAAGAAGGAGAAAAAUGACUGUUACAGCUGAACCCAGGACAUACGGUUAUUUAGAUAAGAUGGGUAUAGUACCAGUAAUUUUUAUUUUUUAUGGAAAGAAGCUCCAGCAUGUAUAAUGGUGACUUGGGAAGACAAACACCAUCACUCUGGACGUCCCCACCUUCCUCCUUCUUUCUCCAGCUUUACAUACUGAGCAUGACAUCAUAUGGUAUGAGAUAUCCCUUGAGUCAGUUGGGGUCAGCUGUCCUGGUUGUGUUCCCCCCAACUCCUUGUGCACCCGCAGGCCACUCAUGGGUGGGGUGAGGAGCAGAAAAGGCCCUUGGCUCUGUUUAAUCACAGCUCAGCAGAAACAAACAUAUCUGUGUUGUAAAUACUGUCUUCAACACAAAUCCAAAAUACAGCCCCAGACCAGCUACUAUGAAGAAAAUUGACUCUAUCCCAGCCAAAACCUCCACGGGUGGAGGUCACUUGUUUCAUGAAAAGGUGAUGAGCCAAGGGCUUUAUGGAUGUUGGAAGACUGUCACUACAGGGAUGUAUAUUCUAUUAGGAGACUCCAACAAAAUAAUACAAAAUAUGUCUGAUAGAAGUUAAGAGCUCCUUCAUCUGAAGUAACUGAUAAUCUGGUUUUUCUGCUUCUUUGUAUAUGACUCUUAAGUCACAGAAUUACUUAAAAAUAAAUAAUCUUGUGCUUCUUUUGAUUGCUGAAAUCUUGCUAAUCUCAUUUGGAUAUGAUCAAGUUAUUACCUUGAACAUACACUGAAAUACUUUGCUGAAUUGACUUAAAUUUGGAGGGUGGAAAAAGGAGUAAUAAUCUCCU